GGUGACACCGGGGGCAGCAGGGCGGCUGGGCUCCCCCGGGGGGUGCCGCUCUGGUGCGGGGCUUUGCAGAGGGGGCACCCGGCUUUCCCCCCAACCCGACCGCGGUCUCUUCCCUGGCGUGGGGUCGUGGUUUGGCGGCGGGGGGGACUUUGCUGUCACCCGAGUCCCAGGGAACCGGGUUCCUCCUGCCCCGGGAAGCACCGGCAGCGCCCAACCACGCAGUCACUCUGGGCACGGGGCUCCCCAGCGGGGGGGCAACGCUCAGGAACCGCCGGGCGUUCCCCGCCAUUGCCCUGUCCUCGCUCCAAGGGGGAGGCGGGAAACGCUUCAUGACUUCCCGGGACAUUAGAAACGGGUUUGGUGUGGGAAAAGUGACGGGGGAGAGCUGAGAGGAGGCAGAGGAGGGGAGGUCGCAUUUGUCCUGCCGUGGGCAGCCCCCCUGGGAGCACCGCCCGGGCAGUGCUGUGCUGGCCAACCCACUUGCCACACAACGGAUGUCGUGGCCAAAAUCUGCUGAGCUGAGCACAGGAUCUGGCGCCCGCAGCCACCCCCGCGCCCAGCUUAUUGUCACUGGUGUCCUGUCCCUGUCCAGUGGCAGCACAACCCAGCUGUGACCACCAGCUCUGAGCCCCUCUCCGGACUGUACCUGGCAUGCCUCGGCCCCCCACCGCAGCCCCGGCCCUGCUCCCCACCUGCAUGCCCUCAGACAGCUGCCUGCUAGCCCGGGGCUUCCCGGGCCGUAAGCAGAUUCAGGUCCAGGGGAAUUUCCAUGUUUUGGCGUCAAGAGUUCUCCCCUGAAGCUGGUUCUUCCCCUUGGGGCAGGGUUUGCAGGCAGCUCACUGCCAAGGGACUGGGUUUGUGCCGUGGCCUCAAGGCCCUGCCUGCGCCACUGCCACCUUCUUCCUGCUGCUCCAGCAAGCCUCGGAGGACUCCCCCCCCCCCCCCCCGAAUUCCCGUUACUGCCUCUCCUUGGCUGUGCCGGCUCUGUAACCGGCUGUGGGGAGCGAUGCGGUGUGGUUAAACACAUACACAAAGCCCUGGCAGGGCUGCUCACCAGGGCUGAGCUGGCUGCGGGAUCCAUCAGUGCCUGGUGGCAUUAGCGAUCGGGAGCUAAUGACGCCUCAUGCAGCAGAGAGCUGUGUCCCGCUGCUGUGACACCCCUGGGACAUGCCCCCCAGCAGGUGUCCGCACCAGAGGGUCUGGGGCCCUGAGUGCGGUACGCUGCCAGGGAGGGGUGGGAUCCCAGCCGGCUCCCACGUGGUGUGGCUCUGCUGCCAGAUUCCAAAAAUAGUUCUAAUUAGGUGUUUGUCAAAGCGUCCCAGUCGCUGCCGGGGCUUUUUAAGGGUGAUGUGGGGCUUGCGCGUGGAUGGGGGGGGGUCUAAUCUGAAGUGUCGCUGCAGUAGCCCCCUCCUCGAGGCACCGUGUCCUGCACAGGACGCUGGAGAGGAGGGAACAGAGCGGGCACCCCCGGAAAAGGUGGGCAAGAGGUUCCUUUCCGACCAGCACUGGGCAGAAGGCGUUUUGCUGGGACCUGCAGCAGCCAUUUGGAGGAAGUGGAGGAAGCUCGGAGCCCGCGACCCUGGCGGAAGGCGGAGGACAGCCGCCGCCCCGUGCGCUCCUCGGAGCUGAUGUCCUCUCCCCUCGCCGGGCGGCCCUGAGGGGAGCGAUGUCUGCGGGGGGAGCGCCCCAGCCUGCCCAUGCCCUGAACCUGCUCCCUUACCCCAGGCUGAGCGAGGUGCCGAGAGCCGGACACGAGCUGGAUGCUGUUAGCACGGAGAUCCCAUCUGACCCCUGCACAGGCUACAGAUUUUUCAAGCCCGGUGGUUUGUUUGGUAUUAAACAGUCGGAGGAGCCGUACACUGAAGGCCAGCAGAUGCAGGAGGAGAGCAAGAUCCUUGUCAGCCCCUGUGCAGUUGAGCCUGGUCGAGUGAAUAAAGUCGAGCAGCCCGAGGAGAAACCCGGGGCAGCUGCUGGCUCCUUGGAGCUGUAUCCCGCAGCCGCCAGCAGUUCCGGCCGCUGGUUUCAUGGUGGGCAGCGUGUGCCUGAGCGGGCGAGCGUGGAGAGAGAUGGUGCCACCAGCCUCAGCCCGCUCUCCACCCGGGUGGCCUGCUGGGUGCCGCAGCUUGGUGCUGGCCCUUUCCGCUGCGCCCAGUGUGGGAAAGGCUUCCGCCAGAAGCAAAGCCUCAUCACGCAUGAGAGGAUCCACACUGGAGAGAAACCCUACAGGUGUGGGGACUGCGGGAAGAGCUUCAGCCAGCGGCCCAACCUCCUGACCCACCGCCGUGUACACACGGGUGAGCGUCCCUUCCCCUGUGCCCAGUGCGGCAAGAGCUUCAGCCAGAAAGCCAACCUCCUGGCCCACCAGCGCAUCCAUGCUGCUGGCGAGAAGGCACUGGCAGGGGGUGAGCAGGAGGAUGGGGCUUCCAGCAAGCCCAAGCUGCGAUCCCAGCAGAGGAAUUACCAGGAGGACACCCCUUUUGUCUGCCCCGAGUGUGGGAAGAGCUUCAGGCAGAAGCCCAACCUCAUCACUCACCGGAGGAUCCACACCGGCGAGCGUCCCUUCACCUGCUUCCUCUGUGGCAGGAGCUUCAACCAGAAAACCAACCUGGUCACCCAUUACCGCGUGCACACCGGGGAGCGCCCCUUUGCCUGCACCCAGUGUGGCAAGCGCUUCACCCAGAAAACCAACCUGGUGACACACCAGAGCACCCACACCGACCUCCGCCCCUACCCCUGUGGGCAGUGCCAGAAGUGCUUCAAGGACAAAGUCUCCCUCAAAGCCCACCAGAAGACUCACGCACCACGACAGCGGCGCUGCCCAGGCCGCAGCCCAGCCGCCGGCCUGCCCUAUGGCACUGCGCCCACCCUGCUGCAGCCCGGGGGUCCUGAGCAAGAGGGCCCUUUCAGCCCCAUGCCACCGCUGCCCAUUCAGAAGAUCCCUGAGGGCCAGGAGCUGUAUUCGUGUACGGAGAAGAGCUUUCCCCCGAAGGAACCACUCCUGCCACACCAGCAGGCCCCACUGGGUGAGCAGACCUUCCCCUGUGUCCAGUGCGGGGAGGGGUUUUGCCAGAAGGUGACUCUCCUCCGGCCACAGCACGGCCCUGCCACCGAGGCUGCCGGGGGGUGCACUGCAGCCUUCAGCCACGGCCCGCACCUUCUGGGGCACCUGGGGGUGCAGCCUGUCCUCGGGGAUGCAACCCCCCCGGCUCCCCAGGCCCCCGGGGCGGAGAAGCCCUUUAUCUGCAACCAGUGCGGCAACAGCUUUGGCCUCUGGCUCUCCCUUGUGGCCCACCAGAAGACCCACGUCGGGCAGAAGUCCUACCCCUGCCCCGAGCAUGAGAAGAGCUCCAGUGAUGAGCUGUCCCCCAAAGCUCCCCAGGAGAAGCAGGUGGAGGGGAGGGCCUGGGUGUGCCCUGAGUGCGGGAGAAGCUUCGUCCAGUAUGAGCGUUUGGUAAAACACAGGCAAAACCACCGGGGCCGAGGGCCCUACCGCUGCGAUGUCUGUGGGAAGAGGUUCAGCCUGAAGACCAACCUGGUGACCCACCAACGCAUCCACACCGGUGAGCGUCCCUUCACCUGCGGGGUCUGCGGCCGCCGCUUCAACCAGAAGGGCAACCUGGUCACCCACUACCGUACGCACACCGGGGAGCGCCCCUUUGCCUGCACCCAGUGCGGCAAGCGCUUCGCCCAGAAGCCCAACCUCAUUGCCCACCAGAAGACCCACACCGGCAGGCAGCCCUUCACCUGCCUGGAGUGUCCCAAGCGCUUCAAGAGCAAGCUCUCCCUGCGGGUCCACCAGCGAGUGCACGUGGCUGAGAGACCCCAGAGUGAGCCGGGCCAGGCCCCCAGCCUGCAGACCCACCCUGGGAGCCCCUACCCCUGCUCGCUCUGUGGGGAGACCUUCGAGGAGCACGGGGAGCUGCAGCUGCACCGGCAAGGCCAUGCCGGAGAGCGGCCGCAUGCCUGUGCCGAGUGUGGGAAGCGAUUCCGGCAGAAGGUGAAUCUGGCCGUACACCAGAGGACCCACACUGGGGAGCGGCCAUUCCGUUGCGCCGAAUGCGGGAAGGGCUUCAGCCAGAAGGCUCACCUUCUCCGGCACCGCCGGACGCAUGCCGGCGGUAUCCCGCCCUCCUGCUGCGAGGGGACCUGCCCAGCGCACCAGGAGCAGCCAGAUGGGAGCGGCGCUCCCCUGGGAAAAGGGGCAGAGCCCCCCAGCAUGCUGCUGCCCCCCUGCUCCCGUGGAGCUGCUCAUGGAUCACUGGCUCGGGAGGAGCUCCGGCCGGGAGCGCAGCCCCCCAACAGACCGGAGAGCCCCUCUGGGGCGGCCGACAUCCUCCUGCAGCUGAUGCAGGAAGACCACCACCUUGUGCCCGGUUCCCACCACCCGCAGGAGGGUCCCGCGGGGCAGUGCCCCUGUAAGUGCACCGAGGGCGGGGAAGGCUUGAGCCCGAAGCCACCGAGCCUGCCGCCGCAGUGCUGCUGCGCCGACUGCGUGAGCCAGCGACAGCUGCUCCUCAAGCCCCAGCCCGACUGCCGGGCAGAGCUCUGGUGCAAGUACGGUGGCUGCGGCAGAAGCUUUGAGGAGAAACGAGUCCUGAGAGUGCCUGAAAGAGCGCAUGGUGACGAGAAGCCCUCGCCAUGCCCCAGCUGCUUGUAACGCCCGCGCAGGCUGCUGAAAACCUGCCUCUGGGCGAGGGACUGGACCUCAUCGCUCUUGCACUAAAAGACACCAAACCUAAUGAGGCGGCGGCUGGCGCUGGGGGCCCAUUGCUGACCAAACAAGGACAGUGCCGAGGGAAAGCUGCAAGCUGGGACUCGUGGUGCCUGCCAGGAUGUGGCGGUGGCGGUGGUGGGGGCUCAGGAGGAGCGUGGUGGUUUUGGGAACUGAGGACCCUGCGGGUGGGUAUCGAAUGGGGUGAAGCAGGAGACCGACUCUGAUGCACCGCAUGAGCUUUCUGUCUGGUGAACAUACCAAAUCUAUGGAGGGGACGGAGCUAAGGAGCAGUGGCAGGGCCCUGGGUCCACGAUGUUCGCUCCUGCUGUGGCCGCACAGACUGUAGGGAGUGGGAAGAGCUUGGGAUCUGGGAUCUAUCAGCUUAAAAACUGCUUCCAUCAUGCAGCAGACCUUGCAGUGGCACGUCUGCCUGCUCCUGCCUUUGGUCCAAGCAGAGGCCCAGAGACAGCCAUGGGGCAGAGAGGGGCCUCUGUGGGUCACAGGCUUCUUCCAGAACCCUCCAUCCUUCUCCUCCAGACUGGACAUCAUUCCACAAGAAUGCGUUUGGACUGGAAGAGCCGAGACCCGCUGGCAGCCGCCAGUGGAGGGGAGCAGCCUGGCCAGGCUGGGUGGGAGGAGAGCACUGCAGGAGGCAGGGAGAGCUGGGGAGAGGUGUCUGGGCCCUUCCUGCCUGGGGGGCCACCUCCUGCCAGUGCUCCCUGGCCAAUGUGGCAGGGGCCGGCUGGUGGCUUCCCUGGGGGUGGAGCAGAGGCGCUGGCCGAGCACCGGAAAAAUGAGAAACAGCCGGGAAACGGCGUGGAAGCAUCUCUGCUCACCUCUGCUUCCCAAAGGGACCCGGGAGGAGCCUGCCCUCUGAGCCCGGGGAGGGGGGGGGCACGCAGGGUGAUGGGGGGGGGGUGGGGAAGGGGUGGGGAAGGGGGGGUGUAGCUUUUGCUUCUCUACUUGCUCUGUGGAUAAUCUUUCUGACUAGCACCUCUUUCUGGUACUCAGUUAACUUCUGGAUAAGUAACCCACAUGCACUGGGGUGGUGGCCAUAGCCUGCGGAGCUGUGGUGGUAGCUUGUGGCAGUGGUGUCCACUGUUUCCCUGCUGGCACGGGUUCCUGGCUGCCGGCAGCGGCAGGGGUGCAUGGGAGGCACAGGUUGCUUGCCAGGGCUUGCCUGGUGCAUCUCUGCUUCCCUGUCGGCGCAGCAGAGCCCAUGGUACCGGGAGGCGAAGCUGGGGAGCCAUGUUGGCGGGGCAGAGCUUUAGAAAUGGGAACCGAGCGCCUGAAAGCCAGCGUGGUUGCGGAGGGCGCUUUGUCUGGGAGGGGAAACCCACCUCGGCUGUUGCGUCCGAGGGGCGCCACUGGCCUACCGCUCCCCUCCCAUGUGCCACCAGCUCUGCCCGGCUGUGCCACAGCAGCCGUGUCUUGCCGCGCUGGGCUGUAGAGCCGCGUGGCUGCAACCACUGGACAGUGACCUUCUUUGCAAACACCUGGGAUGGCGUUACCGCAGCCCAGCUCAGCACCACGCUGCUCACCACCAGCACCCAGCUACUUGCAUAUGUUCCGGGGGUGCAGCGUAAGGGGAGGCUUUGUCACCUGCCGGGGGCCAGGGUGGCAGCUGGGGGGACGCCGGGAUGGUCACGACUGGAGCUUUGGCUGGGGUGCAGCACCCUGAGCCAACAGCAGCCAGCUGGGAGCUGCCUGGAACCCAAAAUCUGGUAGGCGGGGGUGGGUGUCCACCCCUGUCCCCCCUCACCCGCUCUCCCCAGGGCACGUGUGUCCCCCUCCUCCCCUCUGCCCCGCUCCAGCAGCAUUUCAGGUCCUUGCAAUUCUAUUUUUUUGAGGUUAUUUAAAAUAAAAGCUUUCUCACAGCA